GGUUGAAAUGUCAUUUAUUGAUGGAGUAUUGAAGCUAUGAAGAAUCAAGUAAAUUAAUAGGAAGUAUUUCUUUUUUUUAUGUUCAGUAGGCCAAAAAUUCGACUUCCUUGUCAGAAGUGAGGGAACCUUGCGACACGAUGUCUAUUAGCACAAACAUGUGGUUUCUUGUAUUUGCAAUCGGUUGCAUUCAUGGAUAUGAUAAUCUGGCUUUAGAGAAACCCACAUAUCAAUCGCAUCCAUAUUUCAGUCCCAAACAUGAAAGUACUACAUUCGAUUCCAGCAAUGCUGUUGAUGGUUUGAAGAAUGAUCUUUCAGCAUUUGGGGGUCAAUGUGUUGUUUCAGCUGAUAAGUUCAAAACCGCCACCUGGUGGGUUAACUUCACAUCCAUCCGCAGCAUCCACGAUAUAAGAAUAUAUUACAGGACGGACAAUGCAGAAUGGGGUGCUUCCAACGGCUACACCAGCAGAUUUUUGGGAUUUUAUAUUUAUGUAUCUAACACAACAAACAUUGAAGAUGGUCACCUCUGUUUCCACGACACAAACUACACCAGAUCCACAAUACCAGCGGUCGUCAAUAUAACGUGUCCAGUACAUGGACAAUAUGUCAUAUAUUUCAACAAAAGACCUCAAAGGAUCCUUUCAUCCUAUUCUGCUCAGUUUUAUCAAUAUGCACACAACGAAUUGUGUGAGGUGGAAGUAUACGGUUGCAACAAACCAGGUUAUUAUGGACCGACAUGCUCCUCCCCUUGUCGUGAUACAAAUUGUCGAUAUUGUCACAUAGAAACAGGUGCUUGUCAGGGAUGUCAACCUGGGUACCAGGGACAUCAGUGUGAAUUGCCCUGUAGUUAUAAAUUCUAUGGAGAAGCCUGCGAGAAAAAAUGUGGUAACUGUAGCGAUGGGGUGACAUGUCACCAUAUCAAUGGAAGAUGUGCAAAUGGAUGCGACGUUGGUGUUUAUGGAAAUAAAUGCAAAACACCCUGUCCUGACGGUUGGCAUGGUAAGAAUUGUUCUGAUAGAUGUCGAAACUGUGAUAAAUGUGACCGAUUUGCAGGUCAAUGUGCGUCUCCAUGUCACGUAGGUUGGAAAGGAACUACUUGCAAUGAGACUUGUGAUGGAGGAAUGUAUGGACAGAAUUGUACAUCGAGAUGUGGAUCAUGUCUUAAUUACAAACAAUGUCAUCACAUCAUUGGAUCAUGUUCAGAAGGAUGUAAUGUUGGUUAUAAAGGAGAACUUUGUAAAACUGAAUGUUCUGAUGGAACGUUUGGCAAUAACUGUAGCCAGAACUGUAACGUCAACUGUGGGGUACCCAAUAGAUGCAUGAAAACAACAGGCGAAUGCGAAGGAGGAUGCCAACCUGGUUGGGAAGGACUUCAUUGCAUUGACAAAUGCGCAGGUAGUAUGUAUGGAUUGAACUGUAGUCACUCGUGUGGCUUUUGUCGAGGCGCAUCAAAAUGCCAUCACAUCAAUGGUAGCUGCCUGAAUGGAUGCGCAAAAGGAUUCAAAGAAAUUAACUGCACUAAGCGUUGUAGUUCGGACACUUAUGGAUUUGACUGCUUGGAUAACUGUAGCAACAGUUGUAUAAAUAAUACAUGUGACCCUGUCACAGGAUAUUGUCCAAUGAUAAAGCGCACCACAGAUACUUAUGUAAUUAGUGCCUUUGGUUCAGUCAUCGGAGGGAUCUCUGGACUUGUGUUUGCCUGUAUCGCUGUAGCAAUUUUGAUUCUGGUCUUAAAAGGGCGCAGUCUACAGGAAAGCAGGAGAGGUCAAAUUCAAAGACCUAAAUUUUCCAUAGAAGGUGCUAAUGAGGCAGAUGUUACUGUUACUGAUUCAAAAUCCCAGUCCUCAACCAAACACCAAAGAAGUAAACACAGAGAUAGUGGAAAUCGCAAAAAUUCCAAACGCAAGACGAAAAGUGAUGUUGCUGAUGUCGAUGAAGAUGAGUUGAUUCACUCGGAAAAUCCUUAUGGAGACUUUUACGCAAACGAAACGACAAUUCGAGAUAUACCUCUAAAUCAGUUAGAGUCUGUUAUAGCUGAAAAAAGAAAGGAUAAGGACGACGGGUUUCAGAGAGAAUAUGCUUCAUUGCCAUACGGGGAACAAUACAAAUGUGACGAAGGAAAAAGAGAGGAAAAUACGGUUAAAAAUAGAUAUAAGACCAUAUUUCCGUAUGACCAUUCAAGAGUAAUACUGAGGAUUAAGUUAGCAUUUGGCUACAUUAAUGCUAACUACAUCGAGGGAGCACACAGACAAAACGAGUAUAUUGCAGCACAAGGACCGAAGAAGAAUACACUUGUUGAUUUUUGGACGAUGAUUUGGCAAGAAAAUGUGUCUUCCAUCGUGAUGCUUACAAAUCUGCAAGAGGGAACAAAAAUAAAAUGCAGUCAAUAUUGGCCGGAUGUUAAUAACAAGAAUAACUACGGAGCUUUGUCUGUGAAAAUGAUGGAGGAAAAAAAGUAUGCAUUUUACAUUUCUCGAAGAAUGAUAGUUAGCCACAAUGAGAAAUCACGAUCUGUGAUCCAAUAUCAUUAUACUGCAUGGCCCGACUAUGGAAUCCCGGAUCCCCUCUGUCUUGUCGUUUUCCUUGAUCACGUGAACCGUACAGGAACCAAUCAGAAUAGCUCCCCAACAGUUGUGCACUGCAGUGCGGGAAUAGGAAGAACGGGGACGUACAUCGCACUAGACGUCCUGAACCAGAUAGGAAAAAAGACAGAGAAAGUCAACGUAGCAGAAUAUGUCAAGAAGAUGAGGGAAAGCAGAAUGAAUAUGGUGCAAACAUAUGAACAGUACAUGACGAUUUAUCUUGCUUUGAAUGAAAUAUUCAAAUCCCGGGUUAACACAAUUACGCUUGAAGACUUUACUAAAAAGAUGGCUGCCAUUACAACUGACAUACCAGCCAAUCAGAAUAUAUUACGAAAAGAAUUUCAGUCGUUUACCAAGAGCAAAGCGUUUAUUGUCACGCAGUAUCCGACAGUUGAGGAUUCUGUAGACUUCCUGUGCCUGUUAUAUGAUCAGGAAUCUGACAUUGUAAUAUUUAUGGAUCCACAGACAACAACUGAACCGAAGGAGGCCCAUACAGUGACAAUUGUAGAGCCAAAAUCCAGGAUCAGUGCAUCCGGAACUUCUCCAGAUACUUCUCAACUUCGAAGCCUGGUCUCCGUUGGAUUAGGAGUAGAGACGGAAAAUCCUAUCAUUGUUGUCAGCAGCGAUGGAGCUUCCCUUUGUGGUGCCUUUUGUGCAGUUCAUAACGUGAUACAACAAAUCAACAUGGAUGCAAAUGUAGAUGUUUUUACUUCCGUCAGACAACUGCAAGUUCGAAGGCCAGAGUUUUGUUUUAGGCUUGAUGAGUAUGGACUGGUCAACAAAGCAGUGAAUGAUCACAUAGAAAGAAGCACUGAAAACAUAUACUCUAAUCAGUGA